AUGGCCGACACGAUGGCGGAUGUUCUCCUCGGAACUGUUGUGCGCGGUGGCGGCUCUCGCCAUGUGGUGGCGGCCACAGCGGUGGCCCUCUGGCGAACGGCCUGGGCUGGCGGCGGCAACCUGCAGGUCGAGGACAGGGAGUUGGCUCACGAUGUCCAGGCGCAGGUCGAGCUCUUCAAUGCCGUCCUGCGAGCAAAUGUCGAGGCGGCGGUCCGUGACGGGCCGAUCGAGAUCGACGGCUGGGCGACGGCGCCCAGGAACGCCGCGGAGCAUGGCGUCCUCGGGGAGGGCGCGGAGGCGUCGCCCCAGUGCGGACAGCAGACGGGGCGGCGGCGUCGCGCCCGCGGCGCGCAGGACAUCGCCAUCGUCGGCAUCGACGGCCACUUCGAUGACAAUAUCGACAUGCGCCAGUGCGGGUCCGUCCGCGAGGACGUAGUGAUCAUGGAGGAAGUUCGCUUCCGCAGGGGGGGGAACAAAGACAGCUCCAAGUUCGAGCAGGUGGAGGAGCUGAUGAAGAGUUGCCAGAAGGCGGAGUUCGAGCCGCCCUGGCAGUUCAUGAAGGAGGUGCAGGUCGACAAGGCUGAGGGCGUCGCGUCCGCGGGGCUCAGAACCGAGCCCGUCUCCUCGCGAUUGCCGGCCAAGUGCCCGAAGGGUUGCCAGCGCCGCCCAGUGACCGUGCUCAAGCCUGCGCAGAUUGCGACAGGCGCCGGCGCCGGCGCGCUGGCGCUGCUGCCGGCCCCGCUCUGCGGCCAGCUGCUGGAGGAGGCCUACGGCGCGCUGCAGGGCUGGGCGCCGAGCCGGGCUGAGCUCGAGGAGCCCCCGACCCAGGGAGGCAAACCGCCCGAGGUCGAUGCUGGAGGACAUGAGGCCAACGAGGGGGAUGCAGAGCUGGUUGCCCUCCGCGCCAAAGCUGACGCCAUGGAGGAGGCCAUCAACGCUAUCAAGAAGUGUUCGGCCCUGGGCGGCUCCCCGAUUCAAUCACCGAUGGAGUCUGAGCUCACGGCCGUGCGCAAGUCGAUCGCCGAGCGCAAUAGCGAUGACAACGUGCAGGCGCGCUGGUGCCCCGCGCCGCCGCCGCCCGCUGUGCCGCGGGGGCGCCCGGCGGCCACGCAGGCGCCGCGCGGCAGGGCCUGUGCUGCAAGCGACGAGGCGUACGUCGGGCUGGGCGCGGACGCCGCGCUGCGGCUGCGGCGGGAGAUCCUCCGCGGCGCCGCGGAUGCCGCCGGCGGCCUGGCCGCGCUGCAGUCCUUGGCGCCGCGGCCACCGGUGCUGCACCUCCCGCGCGGCGGCGGCGGCGCCCCGCCGCGCGGCCCGUGCGUGCUGCUGAGCGCGCAGCGGCGGUGGGCGCUCGAGCGGGACACGCUGCUGGUCAUCGUGAUCAUGGAGACGGUGGUGCUCGUGAUGACGCUGGGGGUUCCGCUCUGCCGCUACAGCGGCGCUCGCCUCCUGGGCUGGGGCAUCAAGAGGGCCAUCAUGUCGUUCGACAAGAGCCUGUUCGGAGCCAAGGUGAACAUCGGGGAGAUCACAACCAGUCCCAUAGAAGGCUGGGUGCGGAUCGCGAACUUGGACGUGGGAAACCCGACGGCCCACGAGUACCUCUCGACGUAUCUGCUCAGAGCCAAAGAGAUUCAGGUGGAUCUGGACAUGAGCGUGCUGGCCAAAAGCUUAGGCAAAACGAUCGAAGUCGAGGAGGUGACACUCAGGGGCGUGAGCGUCAUUGUGGAGAAAGGCCGCGAGUCGUCAAAUCUCCAGGACCUCAUCGACCACCUGCAGAAGCUUGCAGAGCCGGACGAUGGGCAGGCAGCUGACGCCGUCGCCGUCACGUCUGCGACCGCGCCGAAGGCGUCUCAGGUCAAGGUGAUCCUGCGGAAGCUGGUGGUCAAAGACGUCGGCGCCCAGAUCAUGGUGCCGCAUCUCUUCUGCGGCGCCCGCCAUCACAUCCAGAUCGCCGACAUCGAGGAGACGGACUUCCACUCGCAGUACGCCGACGCCAACGGAGCAAUCUCGAUGACCACGAUGAUCAGUACCGUGGCCACCAUCCUUCUGAGGUCCAUCGGGAAGUCCAUAGUCGCCAACACCAUAGGCCGUUCGACAGCGGACUGGCUCAUGGAGUGAAGUGUGGGGGCUCCGCCUGUUUCCCGUCGUCGUCCUCCUCCUCCCCUCCGCGCGCGCCUGGCAUGGAGUUUCUUGUGGACGCUGGAUCCUGGAUGGUGUCACAAGUCCCGACCUGGCCGACAUACCCUUUUCGCACCCUCGCGCGCGCAGGCACACGAUGCCUGCCUCGACGAGCUCAGCCCAACGCCCCGC